CAUAAAAUGAAUCACAUCAUCUACGUGAUCAUCUUUCUCUUUCAUCCUCAAGUCUCAGGCAAAAAUAAUUGCACUGUUGAUCAAGUGGAUGAAGUGUUAACCACUCAAGAAGGGCACAUUGUGUUGUUACCUUGUCUUCUGUUAGAAGAUCACUUUCAUCGAGUGAUAUGGUAUAAGCAAGUUCUUGGAGAGAAACCUGUCGUAAUAGUGUCAUCAUAUCACCACUCUCAACCCAAUGAGUUUUCCUCUGACUUUAAAGAAACUCAGCGUUUUCAUGCGGUGCGAAAAGCAGACAGUUUCAACCUAACCAUCCGUAGGACACUGAAAUCGGAUUCAGGCACGUAUUUUUGUGGCAGUGCCUUUGCCAAUGUUGUUUCCUUUGGGACUGGAACAAUUCUGUUGGUUAAAGGUGCAGACCUUAAACCUGCUGUUAUACAACACCCAGUACAUGCUUUUAUUAAGCCAGAAAGCAAUGUGACUCUGCGGUGCUCAGUUGAAGGGAAAACGUGUGAUAAAGGAGUUCAAUCUGUUUACUGGUUCAGACAGAGUUUAAACACAACUCAUCAGGGAAUUGUUUAUACUCAUGGAAAAAGCAAAAAUGAGUGUGCAGACUCAUCUGAUACACAGAGCUGUCUCCAGAACCUUGCUAAGAUGAGUGUUGAUGUGUCUGAAGCUGGACUAUACUACUGUUCUGUGGUGACUUGUGAUGAGGUUUUAUUUGGAAAUGGCACAACGUUGGUCAUUAAAGAUGGAUUUAUUAGUGAAAGUAUACAGAAAUGUAUUUUAAUUGGCCUCACAGUGCUGUCUGCAGUCAGUCUUACCAUCAAUAUUUUGCUCUCUUUACCAUUGAGAAGAAACGGUGGAAAGCCUCAGCAAAUGCAGACUAAUGAUGAUAUUACAAGAGUGCAGUUUCAGAACGCUGAUGAUGUUAAUUAUGCGGCCCUGAACCUUUCCUCAAAAAGAGGUCAGAGAAAGAUGACCCUAGAGAAGACACCAACACAGACCAAUGCUGCAAGAUGAGAUUUGAAACAUUUUAAUGCUAAUUGUCAGAAGAUCACAGACAGCAGUGAUACUUUAUCAAUAUUGUAAGUUUGUGUGAUAAAAUGUGGUAUAAAGCAGGUGGGGUAUCUGCACUUUUUUCUCUGAGUAUUAACAUCUAACACUUGUGGCAAACUCAUAGUUGGAAGGAAAGUAAUGUGCAAAAUUAUAUAAAAGCAUAACCACAUCCUGUAUGUGUGUAUAUAACAAUGGCUGAAAAGUAGGGUGUUUAUUCACUUCUGUCAGCUUUACUAAUAGGAUUUAGGUCAGCAUUUUAAAUGGGUUAUUCAUUGUAUAUGUGUCUCUGGACCACAAACCUAAGUUGCACAGGUAUGUUUAUAAAAUACAUUGUGUGGGUCGAUUAUCAAUCUAUUAUGCCAAAAAUGCUGAAUAUUAAGUAAAAAUCAUGUUAUAUUUAGUAAAUUUCUAUUUAAUUUUUGAUUACUAUUAUUGAUUGCUGAGAGAUUCAUAGGACAACUUCAAAGAUGAUUUUUAAUAUGAAUAUUUUUGAAUAAUAUGAUUUUUUUUAACCCUCAAGCUCUAAUUAGGUCUUGUAUAUCAGCUUUCAGAAGGUGUAAAAAUCUCAAUUGUACACUUAUUAUUGACACUUAUAACUGGUCUUGUGCUCACAUGUGUUACUUCUGCUACAUAAGAAUAGAUUGAAUCAUGUAUUUCCCACAAUCCAAUUAUCAUAUUUAACAUCUCAGUUUUACUAAUUAUUCCACCAAACUUCCAACAAUUAAUCUGUUUUACUUUUGUUCCUAUUUUGAGUGAAAUUUAUAUUGAAUGAAGCAAACUUCAGAGCAGACUUUCAGAGAUUUGAAAUUGCCUUUCUUUCAGGUAAUUUUUUUUAAUUUACUAGUUGAAAACUGGAUAUCAUAUCAUUUGCUGAAGCAUGUAAUAAUGACAACCUAAAAAUAAAGUACUAGUCUCUCUCUCUCUCUUUCAAAAAGGAUAAAAGAUAUGUGGUAAUAGAUACAGAUUUGUGCUUUUAAGUAAAAUGUAUAGACAUAUGCUUUUAAGAUACUUAUAUUUACUGUUUACCCACUCUUUAACUAAAAUUCAGAAUUAAACCUUUUAAAA